UCAACAGAUACGAAGAUAAGACAGGUUUUAAUAAAAUUGUUUCGAAAUAGGUGUUUCGGGGCUCAUUACAUUAAACAGUAUAAUACUGUACUGCUGUACUGGCAAAAUAUUUUGGUUUAUUCUGCUGCAUAAAACUCAGGCCGACAAUGCGAGUCGGUGAACAAUUAAAUCAAACAAACGGAUACUGAAAAAUUUGAAUAAGGAUGGGGAAUAAACCAUGCAGUUGUAUUUCUUCUGCGAGUCCAAAGUUGCCUAAAGCUCAUGAAGGUACAAAACGAGGUUCUAAAGGAUUUACUGCAGGGAGAAAUGGACCAGGGGGAAUUGAACCGGAAGAACAAUCAAAUUCAAUUCUUCCUCAUAUCAGUGAAAGAGAACAACUUGAUGAUAUAUAUGAUGAACCACCUUCAGAUCACCCUCAAGCUGAAACUAUAUUUAUUUUGAAGUCUAGGACUGAUGUUGCAGAGAAAAGGAGAAGUCAUCAUAAUUCAUUAUCUCCAGAAAAUGGAAUGCACAAAAGAUUCAGUUCUUGUUCAACAAUCUACAUUGACGACAGUACAGUUAGUCAGCCGAAUAUAAAAGCAACAAUUAAAUGUGUUGCACUUGCUGUUUAUUAUUGCAUAAAACAUCGGGAAAACGAUAAACGAACGAUGGAAGUUUUUGACGAAAAGAAACACCCACUUACGCGGGAGCGAGUGCCUUCUGAUUAUGAUAAGAGAGAACCGGAUCAUCGACAUAUUUACAGAUUCAUAAGAACUUUGUUCAGUGCGGCACAGCUGACAGCAGAAUGCGCCAUUGUAACAUUGGUUUAUCUUGAAAGAUUAUUAGCUUACGCUGAAAUUGUGCUCUGUCCUGCAAACUGGAAGAGAAUAGUGCUGGGUGCUAUACUUUUGGCGUCAAAAGUUUGGGACGAUCAGGCGGUUUGGAAUGUUGACUAUUGUCAAAUAUUGAAGGAUAUUACAGUGGAAGAUAUGAACGAAUUGGAACGACAAUUUCUUGAAUUUCUACAAUUUAACAUAAACGUACCAAGCGGAGUUUAUGCAAAAUAUUAUUUUGAUCUACGAGUUCUCGCUGACGAAAAUAAUCUUGUCUUCCCGGUAGAACAAUUGAGUAAAGAUCGAGCGUUAAAACUUGAAGCAACAAGUCGAGUGUGUGAAGACAAUUUUCGUAAUGCUGUUAAGAACAGCGUAAGAAGAACAGCAAGCGUAGGAAACUUAGAGAUUAUGCAUAAUACAAGCGUUGUUAUAUCUUAACAAAUAGACUUAUUUUGAAGACUGCAACUGCAUAGCAUUCGUUUAAAUGUGUUUUGAU